AUGAUAUUCCAUGUCAUCGCGGCGUGGCUACUGGUCGGCUCCUUUGCGGCCAUGAUUCUCUCGCUGCUCCUUUGGUGUGGAGCCCACCACCUAGAGAUGUGGCUGAAGCUCCUCGCGGAGCAGUGCGCUGCGCUGCGAACCUACCCAAAGGAGAUCCCGCGCAACAUAUCUGGCGAGGUGGUCGCCGAGGUCAAGGCAGUGGAGAAGCGGCUCGUGAACAGUGUCGAACUUCUUGCGCGCAAGCUACCGGAGUCAAUCAGCCGCGCCAUGGCGGAGCACGUUCCCCACAUGCACGUACCCAAGAACGCUCCGCACAUGACUCGCUGCUUUUCGUGCCGCAAGAGCAGUGCCACGACGUGA